CGAUUCACUACAAGCCUGAACUUCUGUGAUGCGUCUCUCCCAUACCUCAGCUGAGCGCACACACAGCGCAGUCUGCAGCAGCAGCGUUAGGAUGUAAUCAAUCCCACAUGUUUCAUCUAUGCGUGUCGGGGAUUUUCACGUGAAUAUUUUUCUACUUUUCCCCUUCAUUCUAGCCUCAUCGCUCUGCAGCGGAUGUAAGUUACCAGACAUGAAGGGAACACUGUUUCUGCUGUGCAGUGCGCUCCUAUCAGCGAGGAGAGCGCGAAGCUCAUAAAGAGGGAUCAUAUUUAUAUUUUAUUUUAUUUUUGCGAUCUGGGUGCCUGAAACCUUCGGUGCCUCUGGAUUUUUUUCGCUUUUGCUCCGGAAUUUGUGGGGAUUUUAAAGUGCAGGAUGGAAAGCCGCGAUUUCGCCCCGCCGCACCACCUACUGGCAGAGCGGAGCGCCCUGGUGCACAGCGCCGCAUCUCGGAUAGCGCCGGGCGGCCACGGCUCCGUGCAGCACCCGGCACACUUCCAGCCCGGGAAGUACUUCUCAUCACACCUCCCCAUGGGUCCGCACUCAGGUGCUUCCUUUAUGGGCUCCUUUCUGGCCAGGAGUCUGGGGACCCCACCCUCCCAUCCCCCUCACCCCUCUGGACCUGCUGCCUCCCCUUCCUCCCCAUCCUACAGGGCUGGAACCCAUUCAAGCACUUCCCCUAUCUGGUUCCCUCAUUCACAUGAAGGGUACCCUGGCUAUUCAGGAAGUCUUGCUUCUCCUUUUCUUUCCAUGAGUGCCCUGGAUCACCAUAGCGGCAGUAUCUAUGGACAACCCCGCUACUAUGAAACACAAAAAGAUCCCUUCUACCUGAGAGGCCUUACCCCACAGUCUCCUCUGAUCUCCACCAAUCACAGCCUUCCUCCACUGUCCCGGACAGCACUAGGCCACCCACUUGGAGCUUGUAGCCGCGAGAUGGACAAUGGGGGAGGAGUUGUAAAGAGCAUGAAAGAUGUAGGUGAAAAGGGAGUUUUAUCAAAAGAGAGAGAACGCUCAAGCAGCAAAGAGCGACACCAGGAUAGCAAAGAAAAGCAGCAGCUUCACAACCACCAGCAUUCUCAUCAGAUGAACUCUGCCACCACUCCAUCUAGCCUUCACCAGGCUUACACCCACCCACACCAUGGCCUUCUUCCACAUCUUGGAAUCCAGAGCCUGGAGCAAGACCACAGAAACUCUCUAGAGCGACAUAAUGAGUAUAAAGACAGUGAUUUGGGCAGUCAGGGAGCAAAACCUAUGAGUGCCUGUAAACUGUCCAAUGGGAUUGGAUCAGAGGGAGCCUUUGAAGCAAAAGGUGGAACACUUAGCAGCUGUAGUGGUGGUGCGGUGAGCAAAGCUUCAUCUGGAAACAGCAGGCAAGGCUCAAAAGAUGGAACAAUAAAUGGAGAAAUGAGGAUCAUUGAAUCCCCAACCUCUUCAUCUGAAUGUAUGCGCCGAGAAACUGUUACAGUUACAGCAUUCUUGGCCCCCCUGACCCCUCACUCUGUAGCCUCCUACUCCAUGCCUCCACCUCCUGCACCACCACCACCACCUCAUAGCUUGCACUUAGGCUCCACAAUAACUGGAGGCUGGUUACACCCUUCCAAUCCCCACCCACUUCCUGAGUUUUACUGUCCACCUGCCCCACCUCUAACACUUACACCUUCAAAAGAUCCAAUAUCCAGCCCUGGAGGAACCAACAAGGAAGCAAAGGUCAGUGGCCCAACUUAUGUGCACUCAGUUGGUUCACAAGGGGACAUGUCCACCCCUUACUGCCAUGGAGCAGGAGGAAGGAUGGGAAAAGAAGAUAACAAUCUAGAGGGAUCCCAUGAAAUUCCCUCUCACCAUCCUAGCCGCGUUAGUAGCUGCCAGAAGAAGGACAAAACCCAGCCCCACCAACAGCAGAUGGGAUACGGCAAAGCUGAUAGGCCUCCUGACUGGAGCCAGCAGAUACAUCAUUUUAACAAACCUGGCUCCAAUGGGAGCUCUAAACCUGAACUGCAUUCCUGCAGUGUAGAAUCAAAUUCUUCUUUUAAAGAUGCUGAAGUUGCAAAUGAGAUUUGCCAUCCUCUCCCACAAGAUAGUCAUCGAACAAUAAAGAUCGGUCCUGAUCACGGUACUGCCUCCCUUAGGGACAUUUCUCUCUCAAGUGCAGAUGGAAAGGGGAGAUCAGGGCCUGGAACGCAAAGGGAAGGACAAAAGGUUGCAAGGAUUCGACACCAGCAACACAACAGUCAGACCACAGGCGGAGAGGAAAGGGUGAGAGAUGGUAAUCAGGCAGCAUCUUCAUGUGGAGCUAGAGGGAGUCAGCAAGAGGACCAAAGAAAAGGUAGCCAUUCAGCAUCAGUUAGUAAACAGCCUCCGCCACUACCCAGCUCCACAUCACACACAGCAGAGGGUGCGGGUGGUGCUAUGAAGAACCUAAUGAACUACAGCUCCCAGCAACCUUUGUUAUUGCCACAGCGAAGCCCAUUCGGAGGUCUAGGUUGCCUUAACAAGAGUGGGGAGAGAUCAGAGAGGGCCAGCAGAGGAGGAGCUAAAAGCACCCCCCUGCAAGACCCCUCCAAACAAUCUCUCCCUACGCGGCGGGGCUGCAAUAAUGAAGGGGAAAAGACUGACAGAGCUGCAAAGGAAACCGGAGAAGCAGGAGAGGGGGAGGUCCGCCAGCCCCCGGUGGGUAUUGCUGUUGCUGUAGCCAGGCCCCCCCAUCGUUCUCCAGACAUCACUCCUGGAAACAAUAGACAGGGCCGGGUGCUGCCCAGCCUGAAAGGGGUUUCACGUCCUGUUUAUCCUCUCGGUCGGGAGUCUGAGGAGAGGAAGAGGAUGACAGAGGACCAGAUUGGUCUUCAUCACAUGGACAGAGAGAGAGAACUGGUCAUCAGGGAAAACAAGGACUGCGUGGAGUUCGCUCGGAUCCACCCUUCCAGUAGCUGCCACGGUGAUCUGACCCCUCACCUCUUUGGAGCCAAUCAAUUAGGGGAUGCAGUGGCACAUGUUCACCCAGCUCAUCACCGCUGGAUGCAGAGGACAGGAAGUCCCUCCCUCUGGAUAGGGCCUUCAUACAGUCUGAGCCACGUCGGGAUGAGCCCUGGCUUUCCACCAGCUCUUGCCAACCCUUUGCAGCCUGUCUUGGGUUCACUCAGCCAAGACCCUAACUCCCCCAUCAUGGUUCUUCCUACAGAACCAGGACCGCAUCAUCCUCUGGAUGUUCUGGAGCAGCCGGGACUGUGGCCCUCGGUGUACGGCGCUAGGGGCCCUCCCCCUCAUCUGCAGCCCCACCCAGUAUACUCCCGCACCUCCUUCCUACAGCAGCAAGAAAUGUACGCUCUGCAGCAUCAGCACCACCAGCAACAGCAGCGAGCAAUGGAACACACACAACGACCUCCGCUGGGACAAAGAAAACUUGAGGAACGUGCAAUCACGAUAGAUGACUCUCCCAAUGGAUCUCCAACUUCCAGAGCACCAACCUCUUCAUCCUCUCCAUCUUCUGCCUCCUCCCAUGCAGCAAAACCUUUUUCUCACACCCUUCCUCCACCCAAGACCUCCACUCCAUCUCCUGGACUGUGUCCAAGCAGCCGCCAGUCGCCCUGCUACCACUCACCAUCAAGGCGUUUGGCACACCCACAGAAUCCCCUGACUCCCACUCCAAGCCCAGCAGCGGCAGCGCCACGAUCGCCAGCCCUUAGCCCUGCCCCCUCACACCCCUCCAAAGGGCUGGAUAGGGGAGGUGACAGGGGUGAAGGGCAGCCACCUCAGGACUACCCCCAGUCAUUAGAGCCAGACUUGCCACCUGUAUACAGCUUCUCUCCAGUUUCCAUGGGUUAUAAGGCCAGUGCUUCGCCUCCUGAAGCACGAGCAGCAGAGCAACCUUUGGUAGAUGAAGAGGCAGCAGGGUCUGAAACUACGCCUCUCCAGAAACAAUGUCCCAUCCAGCCUCUUACUGAAGAAACAAGGGAGGAGGAGAAUGUAGACUGCAAAGUGGUGGAGUCUGAGACUGAAACAAAAGGAUACUCCAUAUCUGAAAACCGGGACACUGGUUCUAGAUCAUCACAAAGCCCUUUCCAAGCUUCAGUCCCUGAACCAGUCUACCCAGCAGACAAAAACCUAACAGUGGAUGUUUCUCACGGGUGCUUUAUGGAGCCACUGAUGUCAAAAGACCAAGGAGAUGAUUGGGAGCAUAGCAAAAGGAAUGACAUCGGAGAGAAUGAGAAAGCAGAAUCAGAACCAGCUGAAUUUAGUGUCACUGUGCCUGCAGAGCCUGAAAAGGGGGAACAUGAUCAGUACAAUGAACCUCAUAAUGUAGAGCAUAAGAAAGAGGAGGAGGAUGAGGGCAGGAAAAGUCCAGAUGAGGAAUUGGUAGAAUCAACAGUUUCUUCCCCCCCUGCUCACCUACUCCCCCCUCCCACCAUAACCACAGCAGCACAGCUGGAAGGGGCUUACAUGUGGAGCUUGGAGCUCUUGAUUGCAGCGGCUCUGUGUGCCACCAGAGAUGCCUUGUAUUCACCAGCACCAGUUCCUCAGACCCUAUGUCCUUCUUCUUCUUACCAUGGAAUGGAGAUACUGGGAGAACUGGCUGAGCUGGAAAUCAAACAAAGAAACAUGGAGAGCAAAGAGAAGGGUGAGGAAACGCUGACCUUUGACCUCCACAGUCUGGCAACGCUGGCAGCGGCCCGAGCCUUGGAGACAGGUGGCGAGACCGUGGACGCAGACCAACAGUGUCCGAUCAGGAAAAAGCUGAACCUGCGAAGGAAGUGCAGCUGGACACCUCGGCACGAGCCGGUGUGCCCAGUGAAGGGCUCCAUGGAGACGAUGGGGGGGGAGGAGCUGGCCAUGCGUGUCCAGCUGGCAGAGCUACAGCGCCGCUACAAAGAGAAACAGAGAGAGCUGGCCAAACUACAGAGGAAACACGACCACCAGAAAGACGAGACAUCUCGUAGCGCGGCUCGCAGGGGGCCUGGCCGUCCCCGAAAGCGCAAGUCCACCCCUGGCCCAGCUGCUGUGGAGAGCUCAAAAAGACUCAGGACUGGGCCGAAUAUACUCGAACAAAGGAACAGGAAUGCUUUGUCCAAUCACAGCUUCAGCAGUCUAAGCGUCGCUCAGAUGAAAGCUCGUUGUAAGCACAGAGGUCGGCCCAGUUCUCUGAGCUCCAGGCUGGCAAGGCAGGCCACCCAGAUGAAGCAGAAAACUGGCACCCAGCGUGAUGCACCAGCAGUCAGUGGGCUGCACAGCAGUGAGGAUGAACCUUCCAAGAAUCUCUGCAGACAAGGCAGGAAAGAUCGAGAGGACAGGAUGACAGGUGAGACUGUGAUGAAGAAAAGAGGCAGAAAGCCCAAAGUGGUGAUGGGUAUCAAGCCUAACCAAGCUCAUCACAGAGACAGACGGAGCACUCAUGAUGCAAGAGGAGAUAAGAGCUGCAGCGAGAGCUCAGAGCAUGACGAGGAAGCUGACAGUGACAACAGCGAAGGCGAAACCGGUGACAUCAAGAUUAGCUCAUCCUCUAAAGGAGCUUCUGCAAACUCUGCUGGGACUUUUCCCUUUUCAGCCAUUUCUCCUAAACUCCAAGCAAAUAUGAAAGACAGGAAUAAAAGACCUGGAACUCCCGGCAUGGGAAGUUUUUACUGUCCUGUUCAGAAGAGCGCACCCAGACGGCCCAAUUUCAGCAACCUGGACAGGGGACAUCCAGAUCACACUAAUAAAGCCUCCCCCCCAAGCUGGGAUGUGCAGUCACAGGGCGGCAACUUUGGGGACAGCCACAUCAACCACAUGGCUCUGAAGGAGGCAAAGAGACACAGGAAAGACAAUGAGAGGAAGACUUCUGCAGGACAGGGCUUAAGGGGAAAGGGAAAGGGUCAUGGUGUCAGCAGGCUCCUGCAGAGCUUCACGGCGGAUGAAGGUUUCCGUUUGGAUGAGGAGAGCAGCUUCUCUGAGGAAGAAGAGGAGGACGAGGAGGAGAGGAUGGAGGAGCAGCCAUUGUCCCACCUCCCCCCCAACAUGCCCUCCAGAAUACCAACUCUGCCAAACUGCGUGCUGAGUAAAGAGAUGCUGGUAGAUGGCCUGAAGAUCCUAAUCUCUAAGGAGGAUGAGCUUCUAUAUGCCGCCUCUGUUCAAACCCUGGACCUGCCUGACAUAUUCAGUGUUGUCAUUGAAGGGGAACGAGGAAAUCGCCCAAGAAUCUACUCACUGGAGCAGCUACUCCAGGAAGCUGUGUUAGAUGUGCGACCCCAGACUGAGGUUAUCCUAACCGAGGGAACGCGGGUUUGUGCUUACUGGAGCGAGCGCUCUCGCUGCCUUUACCCUGGUUAUGUCCACCGUGGAGGACCGGGUGAGGAGGAGAAGGAGGGGAGUGUGAUGGUGGAGUUUGACGAUGGAGACAGAGGAAGGAUCUCCCUUGCAAACAUCAGACUUCUUCCCCCCGGAUAUCAAAUCCGCUGUGCGGAACCUCCUCCUGCUCUCCUGAUCUCUCCAGGCCAUCGGGGGCGACGAAGCUCUACAGUGGAGAAAAAAGAUGCCCUUGCAGAGAAACUAGGAAAUGAGGAGGCAGGAGUGAAGCCUCAGGAAAAAAGACCAGUUGGCAGGCCGAAGAAAACCUACACAGUGCCAAAGAGAGCCAACACGUCAACUUCAGCAACAGACUCUGCAAUAAAGGGAAAUGCCUCACUGUUGAACUGGUCUAUUUCCAGAAAGAGACCGCCAGUCGACUUCUUCCUCUUCAAUGGGACGUCCCGUAAGACCCAGAAGAAGAUUAGAGAGCGGGAGUUGGGCUUGUUUCACAGGCCAGCCCUGCAUUCUCUAGCACCAACAACCCCAGUUAAAAGCAUUUUUGGUACUGCGUUUGAGGUUGACUCAUUCAGCAGCAUUGCUAAUGGCUACUCAACCUUUGGAAAUGGUGGAGGCUCUGGAGCUGGGAGACCAGUUACCGCCAUGGGUUCCAUGGGCCUUCGAGACUCGCCUUGUUCUUCAUCUGUUACCAUGUCGACAGCAGCUGGGAGCCACAAGCCUCUGAGUGAGCGUGACAGAAAACACUUCUUAGUGAAGCUUGACCAUGAAGGAGUGACAUCCCCAAAAACAAAAAACGGUAAAGCUUUGCUUCGACUCGGAGGGGUUGGAGGGAGAGGUGUAAAAAGCCAGGCUUUUGCAGGGGCGCCACUUCGAUACAUCCAACCUUCUCUUCUUGCCAAACAUCAAAAGAAGGUGGGAGAGGAUCGAGAAAGUCCCAGACCUCGAUCAGAGACUCUUUCAAACAGUGUUCCACCACAGAGAAAAGACAUUCUCUCUGCUGGUCUUGGAACGAAAGGUGUGGACUACAGCUUGGAAUACCCUAGUGACUGCCCAAGCUCCUAUUCUGAGCUGGAUGAGGACGAUGAGGAUGAUAGUCAAGUAGCUCAAAGAAGAAGAGCCGCCAUCUCCUCCCACCGUGGUGGCCGUUUUCUAUCCCGUCCAUCCAUCUGCUUCUCCUCGUCUUCCUCCUCCUCUUCUUCUUCAGGUUCCAUUUCCUCCUCCUCCUCUCUUUGUUCCUCUGACAAUGACUCCUCUUACUCAUCUGAUGAAGAGUCCUCCUCUGUGCUGCUGCGACGGGCUCUUCUGCAGCAGGACAAACAGAAAAACAGGCAGAACACGAAUCUCCAGAGCCCGGAUCCCACAACAUCCACCCCAUCAUCAGCACCAGCUAAUGGCUAUAUCACCAAGGCCAGUGUAACUGUUAGAGGGUCAAAAGUGAGAGCUGACAGAUUGGAGGACAGGAAGGAGUACAUCUCCAAAGGAAUCAUGAUGGUCGACAACAGAAUGAAUAAAAUGCAGCUGAAGAGGAAAGAAAGUGUUUCUAAUGACCAUCAAACCCAAGGCAGCGCUGUUAGCCAGCAGCUGAAACCUGCAUCAAAGGAUUUAGGAGUAACCAAGAAGCAGAGGAUGUCUUCACCUGAACCUCUUCCUAAAAUGGCCUCCCUGUUACCUGGACGCCAGCUCUGGAAAUGGUCUGGCAAUCCCACACAGAGAAGAGGUCUUAAGGGUAAAGCUCGUAAGCUUUUCUACAAGGCCAUCAUGCGGGGCAAGGAGAUGGUGCAUGUCGGUGACUGCGCUGUGUUCCUGUCACCCGGUCGACCCCAGUUGCCCUAUGUGGGUAGAGUGGAGAGCCUCUGGGAGUCCUGGAGCUCCAGCAUGGUGGUCAGGGUCAAGUGGUUUUACCACCCAGAGGAAACUCGCCUGGGAAAGCGACACAGUGAUGGCAAGAACGCUUUGUACCAGUCGAGCCAUGAGGAUGAGAACGACGUGCAGACCAUCUCUCAUCGCUGCCAGGUGGUCAGCAAGGCAGAGUACGACCAAUUGACGCGCAAAGGCAAGCCGGAAAGCCCGUCCAAUGACCUGUUCUACCUGGCAGGAACCUAUGAGCCCACUACAGGCCAGCUGGUCAGCGCAGACGGCAUGGUCAUCCUGUCCUAGCACCGCCAACAGUAACAGGAACUUCAACUGAACCUUCGCUGGAGUUAAUCCUGACAGAGGCAAACCCACGUUGGUUUUAUGGUGUGAACUGCUUUUCUUGGCAGAAGAAUGAACCAACGUAACGGCGAUAAAGAACAGUUAGUUGUUUAGAAGAAAGAGCUGGUUCAUCAGUGAUUUAAUGAUCCAGAUUUUUAACUCUUCUCUUUGGCUGUUUCAUUUGACAUGAAAUGAUUGCAGCAACCAAAGCAGAGAACCUAAGGAUAUGAGCACUUUGGAGUAUUACAAAGGGAAAGCAUCUGAAACAGAGACAGAAAACAGGAAAGACAAUGACAGGAGAUAUGCUGUAAACCACACUAGUUUAGAUGGUAAUGGUCUUUGGACAAUGUAGGACAAUGCUAUAUAAAAGAAACCCUGAUAGGACCAAUAAACACUUUAGUUUGGACUUAAAGUGUUUGCUGAGUGACCGUUAUGGCGUUAACAUCUCAGUGCUUCAACACAUGUUUGUACAGUAUUUCGGACAUUAUGCAUGUCAAACACGAUGUCACGAUCCAAAGUGGGUAUGUCUCUGAUACUCUAAUAAUCAAAUCAGUGCUUAACUUUAUUUUUAUUUUAGUCAUUGUGACUGAACAAGUUUUACUCCUUUUAAGCCAUACACAUCAAUACCUCUCUAUCUCCGUCUCUGUUGUAUCAGCCUAAAUGGCGCAAAGACUCAUGUGCAGGCAGUAGAUUGUUUUUUGAGCUGCGCGUGUGCCUGGGUGAAUGUGUGUGUGCUUUGUACAGCCUUCCAUGUAGAAUAAAACACUGUAUAUAGUAUAUAAAUAUAUAUAAAUAUAUAUAUAUAUAUAAAUAUAUAAAUCUAUGUUCAUGCGGUUCCUUUGCAGCGAUUAUUUUGUUUUUUAGUUUUUUUAGGGAUGGUGGGGUUUUUGUUUGGGGGGUGGGGAUUUGCUGCAGAGAUAAAGGGUGGGAUCGUGUUUCCUUCUGUAUAAAUGCACUGAAAAUGACUAGAUGUUUGAGUUUGGGGUGAAACUGCAACCACAACAAUGCUUAUAAGGCUGUAAACCCUUGCUCUUGGCAGAAAGGUAAAUAUGUAGAAAAGGAAUUUGGAAUAAGUUUGUAUACAUGUUUACUUAUUAUUGUAUUCCUUAUGUUUGUUUUAAUUAUGUUGGAGUUAGAUUUUUCAUUUCCUUUCAUUUCUGUUCAGAAAAUACUGGAAAAGAAACCUGCAUUUCUGCCAGGGUCCUUCAAAAAAAAAAAAAAAUCUAGUUCUUUUCCGUUUUAGGAUUUGUUCCUAUGGAAAACGAAGAGGUUUAUCUGGCAGCAAAAAAGAAACAUACCAAAGGACUUGUGACUUUACACUACACCAGAUUAGACUAACGACACUUUAAAAGUCGUUCAAUCAGUUCUGAUACUGAAACUCCUGUAAUCUCAGAGGGAUUCUUCUCGUCCUGUUUGGAUUCAUCCAAUGUUUGCAGAGACAGCGUUUGUGCACCGCCCAGUUGAUGCACUUGAAGUUUCUAUGGCAACCAGUAUGGCAUCACAUGACUGUGAAGGACAAUCAAAGCCAAUCAAUGGGACAAUGUUAGAGACAAAAAUACAAGAUAAAGGAUCAAAUCACAAAUUUAAGCUUCUUGUCACUUUUAUUCAUGCUUUGCCAAAAAUGUCUGAACAUUUUGUGUUUUUGAUGCUUUUGAUUUAUUUUUCCAAUCAUUUUCUUGUAUAUGCAAGCCUGGAUGACUGUUUGUUGUAUAGGAUGUACAGGAGGACGAACAUGAAUGCCUUUUUCUCUUUUUAGGACUGACUGACUGACUCUUAACAGCACUUUUGCUGUUACACUGCAAGCAAAAGCUUUAAAGGAACCUAAUGUGAAACUCAGCUUUGAAAUGUUGCUUUUAUGGGUCUUAAAUUUUUUUUUAAAGCUGUAUUUUUCUUUAAAAACACUGGAUUAAACUCUGAUCACAAUUAUUUGGACAGGGCAACAUCAAGGUUUUUUUAAGACCCACUGGAACCUGUAAUGUAUGGUUAAAAUAGCCUAUCAAAAUAUAUUAUGUAAUUUCAGUCAUUCUUUGGAAAUUUGACUUAAAUAUUUCAUUGUGUAAAAAAGAAAAAAAUAUUUAUCUUAAUUUUAUUGCCUUUUGUGUUUCAUUAAAAAGAGGAUUCCUAAGAAAUAAAGUAUCUAAAUUUC